UAGAAAAGUGCAUCACAGAGGUGGGACCGAAAAAUAUCAUCCAAAUCAUAACCGAUAAUGCUUCGGCAUGCAAGGCCGCGGGAGGGCUUGUGGAGCAAACUUGGCCUCACAUAUUUUGGACUCCUUGUGUAGUCCAUACACUCAAUCUUGCUGUUAAGAAUAUUUGUGCGGCUAAGAACACGGAAGCAAAUGUCAUGGCUUAUGCACAAUUACAUUGGAUUACAGAGAUCUCCGAUGAUGCAUUGUUUAUGAAGAAUUUUAUCAUGAACCACUUUAUGCGGCUUUCCAUAUUUAAUGAUUUUUCCAAGAUGAAGCUCAUAUCAAUUGCCGACACAAGAUUUGCCUCGUGGAUUAUUAUGUUGAAGAGGUUUAAGGUCGUCAAGAGAGGCCUCCAAGACAUGGUCCUUAGUGAUCGAUGGAGCUUAUAUAGAGACGAUGAUGUGAAGAAAGCUCAAUUUGUGAAAGAGAAAGUCCUCGAUGAUUUGUGGUGGGACAAGAUAGAUUUUAUUCUUGAUUUCACCGGCCCAAUCUAUGAAAUGAUAAGGGUCACCGACACCGAUACACAAUAUCUUCAUUUGGUGUAUGAUAUGUGGGAUACAAUGAUUGAGAAGGUGAAGCAAGCUAUUUACAGGCAUGAGGGUAAAAGGGAUAACGAGGAAUCUCCUUUUUAUGAGGUGGUUCACAAGAUCUUGGUGGAUCGAUGGAACAAGGGCAACACCCCGCUUCAGUGCUUGGCACAUUCUUUAGUUCCAAGGUAAUAUUUCACAUUUUACUCUUUAAUGCGAAUAUUUCAAUUAAUUUUAAUAUAUGAAUUUCUUCUCACAAACAUAGGUACUAUCAUUCCACAUGGCUCAAUGAGAACGUCAAUCGGCAACCUCCAAAUCAAGAUCUUGAGAUCUCUACAGAAAGAUCAAAGUGCUUAAGAAGAUAUUAUCCUAACCCCGAUGAACGAUUGGUGGUGAACUUGGAAUAUGCUAAGUUUGUGGGGUCUUUGGAGGCUUUUGGUGAUCCGGAUUCUCUUUCCGAUAGAGGACAUAUGGAUCCAAAGUCAUGGUGGCUUCUUUAUGGUGCAAGUGCUCCAAAUUUGCAAGCAUUGGCCAUAAAGCUUCUAGGCCAACCUUGUUCCUCUUCUUGUUGUGAACGGAAUUGGAGUACGUAUGGUUUCAUUCACUCCUUAAAGAGGAACAAGCUAACCCCGACACGGGCGGAGGAUCUUGUUUAUGUUCACACCAACCUUCGUUUACUUUCUCGGAAUUCGGAAGAGUAUAUGGAAGGGGAAU